CUCCAGCUCCGCGUCGGUGCGCGCCUUCCUGCAGCGCGGCCACACGGAGAUAGACACCGCCUUCGUGUAUGCGAACGGUCAGUCUGAGACCAUCCUAGGAGACCUGGGGCUCGGACUGGGCCGCAGCGGCUGCAAAGAGCUGAGCUAAAUCCCCAACCCCUUGAAUUGUCUUUUUGACCCUUCCUCCUUCCCCUGCUUGGGCUCAGGACUGGUUGGGCUAGAGCCACAACUGAUGUUUGAUCAGGAAGGGCAAGUCAAGCGGCAGAAUAGAAAAAUUCCAAGUAUGUGAUUGCUCAGAUCUCAAGGGUUCCACUGACUGCUUUUGGGCUGCUGAACUGACUUUUCAGUAAAAAUUGCCACCAAGGCUGCCCCAAUGUUUGGGAAGACACUGAAGCCAGCCGAUGUUCGGUUCCAGCUGGAGACGUCACUGAAGAGGCUGCAGUGUCCCCGGGUGGACCUCUUCUAUUUACACUUUCCAGACCACGGCACUCCUAUAGAGGAGACCCUGCAGGCCUGCCACCAGCUGCAUCAGGAGGGCAAGUUUGUGGAGCUUGGUCUGUCCAACUAUGUCUCCUGGGAAGUGGCUGAGAUUUGUACCCUCUGCAAGAAAAAUGGCUGGAUCAUGCCAACUGUGUACCAGGGCAUGUACAACGCCAUCACCAGGCAGGUGGAGACUGAGCUCUUCCCCUGCCUCAGACACUUCGGACUAAGGUUCUAUGCCUUCAACCCUUUGGCUGGGGGCCUGCUGACUGGCAGAUAUAAAUACCAGGAUAAGGAUGGGAAGAAUCCUGAGAGCCGCUUCUUUGGGAAUCCAUUUUCUCAACUGUACAUGGACCGCUACUGGAAGGAGGAACACUUCAAUGGCAUCGCCUUGGUGGAGAAGGCUCUGAAGACUACCUAUGGCCCCACUGCCCCCAGUAUGAUCUCAGCUGCCGUACGGUGGAUGUACCAUCACUCACAGCUCAAGGGCACCCAAGGGGAUGCAGUCAUUCUGGGCAUGUCCAGUCUGGAACAACUGGAGCAGAACUUGGCCUUGGUCGAGGAAGGGCCUCUGGAGCCAGCUGUUGUGGAUGCCUUUGACCAAGCCUGGAACCUAGUUGCCCACGAGUGUCCCAACUAUUUCCGCUAAGAUACAUCUGCCUUGGGGAGGCGCAGCUUACUGCCUGCCCCGCCUUGUCCUGGGCUCGAUCUGAUCUGGUUCUUUCCUUUUUAGACAGGUCACUGUCUUUCUCUUCCCUGCUUUCUAUACAGCCAGUUGCUUUCAAAGUGAGAGCUGGCUGAGCCCCAAUACCUCCUGCUGAAUAAAACUGUUCCCUGUCACAGCCUGGGCUACAACUGA